AUGCGGAGCAUUGCCAUGGAGAGCGGUGAGAUGGAGGAUGCAGCACCGUUGAUCCAGGAACCCGCCGCCAAGAGUACCAAGGCCCUUUUGGCCACGACUGGAGGUAUUGUGUUGAUGGCCAUUAUGGGCAUUAGCCUAUGGCAAGCAGGGGGUGGUAUGACCCCCGAGAAGGUUGCAAUCAACGAUGCCCAGGAGUUGGUCGAGAAGAAUGAUGUCUUGCUGUCCAUGGGCCUGGGGACGGCCUGCCGAGAAGAUCCCAGUGAUCAAAAAAUUAUGCCCGAACAUGCCAACGUGAUCCAUGGUAACAUGGGGGACUGCGAGAAGAAGUGCAAUGACAUGCCCAAGUGUCGCGCUAUGGAGUACCGCACCUCCGAAAAGCGAUGCGAGUUGUGGUUUACGCCGGCGCGUCACCACGUCACGGUCUUCGAGGACAAGACCGUUACGGGACGACCCGACUUCCAUUGCUUCGUGAAGUCCGGACGCUGCGAGACCAUGAAAGCGCACAAGAAAGUGUUGGAAGAUGCCAUGGACAGCCUGCUGACGCACAUCAAGAGCAACUGCAUGCAAGGCCCCAGCCACAACGUCUUUGACAAAUGCUCUUCCACUUAUGCUCAAGGUUUGCUUGACGCAAACUCCCGGGUGUGCAAAGCCAUGCAGACUGCGUGCGAGGGCGAGUCCGACACACUGAUCAGAGAUGGCUCAACCAACAAGGAGAAGCUGCUGAAGAAAGCCGAAGCAAAGAAGAAGAUGGAUGUGCAGCUCCAAAAGUUCAAGAGGUACGACGCCGACAAGGAUGAGAUGUUGAACAAGAAGGAAAUUGGCCAGUUUGCCAAGAAGGAAUACAGCAUCACACUCACAGAUCAGCAGCUCACUCGGAUCUUGAAGGCCUUCGGCACAGGAGUCAAGAAAGCUGACUUUCAUCGCUUGAUCGUCCAGAUUGGCAUCGCAAGGGAGAUGCAGAAGGACGCAGCCCGAAAGAAGAAGCGCGAGGCACACGAAAAGGAAAUUGAGGCUUUGAAGGAGGAGCUACAGGAGAAGGUCAAAGAAGCUGAUGGCAAGUACAUCGCGGUAGAGGAGAAGGUGAAAGCGCUAGAGGAUGAUGCCAAGCCUCUAUUGAACUCCAAGACCAUGAGCUCCACUGAAAUGCAGCCGCUGUUGGAGAAGUUGGAGGAACAGGCGACAACUUUGAAGGAGGAGAUCAGCAGCUUUAAGAGCGAGAUCGCCGAGAUGAAAGAAGGUGUUGACAGCGAGGUGGCUCCUUGGUUCACGCAGCAGUGCCGACCUACGGACGGAAAGACUUUGAUGUUGGAUCCCAGGCUCACACGAGUGACAGCGCAGGUUACACGGAGUAAAGGGGAACUGAAGAUGAAGAUCAGCAUCGAACUGCAGUCCUUAGAGAAGCAGAUGCUGGCCAUGCUCAGGUAUCAUCAGAAAGCCAAGGAGCUGUCGGCGGAGGACUUGUACUCCGCGGUGGCUGGCAAGAAGGACGUGGUGGAAAAGAAAGCUUUCCUGAACUUCUUCAAGAAGUGUGAAAAGGAGAAGAAGGAGGACGAGGAGGUGAAAGCGCCUUCUGCAGAGGACUUGACCAGACUGUUCGAACACUUGGCGUGCUCCAGCGCUGGCAUCUCCAAGGAGCGCAUGAUGGGCUUGAUCCGAGUGUUCAAGAAGGUCAUCAAGGAGACCGUCUUGACGGAGGAAAAAGGGAUCAAGAGCAGCACCAAGCGGCGACUGGAAGUGGCUGAGAUCAUUGAGGUCUUGAGUCAAGAAAGCCAGGUGGACGAGGAGGUAGAGGUGAUGCGAGUCCAGUGCCGCGCCAUCAAAGAUGAUGUUGAGGGCUGGGCCACCGUCUCAGGGGAUGGUGGAAGCAAAUUCUUGGUGGACUAUGCCGGUGUCUACAAGGUGGUCAAGGAGACCAUCAUGACCGAAACCUUUGAGAUUGACUCGGCAGAAGCCAAGGAGGCUGCAAAGCAGCUGAAGGACCGGGAACCACGGAAGCUCCGAGUCGGCGAGCUGGUCGAUGUUUGGGUGUGGCCCAAGAAGGAGUCGUCCGGACUCGUACGACUGAAGUGCAAGUCCCGUUUGGACGGAGCCAUCGGUUGGGUGACGCAGAUUGGCAAUGCGGGGACUGUCUUCCUGGAGGUGGUGUGA